GAAAGAGCGACAGGGAUGAUAGUAAGUCAAAAACUUCUCACAUGCUUUACAGACAGCAUGUACGUUAACAACGAUCGCAAAAUGAUGGUAUUGUUGGCACUACUCAGUGCAGUAGCUUGUCAACAGGUUUUACAGCCGCCCUACUUUGAUAUAGCGAAAGGGAAAAAUAUCUCAGCCACAGCCACUUGUGGUGAAGAUUAUACUCCAAGAAAAGACGACGAAGAAAAUGAAUUAUAUUGUACGCUGGCUGGAGUACCGGGGAAAUUUGGAGUUGGUGGAUUAAGUUGUAGUUAUUGUAUUCCUGGUGACCUUGGAUCAAGUAUCGAUGGGAAAGAUUCGAAGGAUCAUAACAUUCGAAAUGCUAAUGACGGUUCAAACAGAUGGUGGCAAUCUCCACCUUUAUCAAGAGGAUUGAAAUAUCGAGAAGUCAACGUUACCAUUGAUCUUGGACAGUCUUUCCAUGUGGCCUAUGUGAUCGUGAAAGCAGCUAACUCGCCAAGACCAGGAGUUUGGGCUUUAGAACGUUCCAAUGAUGGAGGAGAAACGUAUUCACCAUGGCAUUACUUUGCACCAAGCUCUGCAGAGUGUAAACAAUAUUUUGGUGUCGAUUCCUAUUUACCAAUAGUACGAGAUGACACAGUUCUGUGUUCAACGGAAUACUCACAAAUCCCACCAUUUCAAAAUGGAGAAAUUCAUAUUUCAUUAAUAAAUGGACGACCAGGUGCUGCUAAUUUUUCAUAUAGUCCAACAUUGCAGGAAUGGACCAGUGCUACAAAUGUACGCCUGAGACUUCUUGACAUUAAAACCUUGUUGACUGAUUUACUGCCACUUUCACUUGACGAUCAAAGUGUAACAAGAAGGUACUACUACUCUAUUAAAGACAUUUCAAUUGGUGGUCGUUGUAUGUGUAACGGCUUUGCAGACGAGUGUAAACCAACAGAUGUUGUUGGCAAGUAUCAGUGCAAUUGUCAAUACAAUUCUGAGGGUCCAAGAUGUGAGAGAUGUAAACACGGAUAUGUACAAAAGAAAUGGAGACCCAGAACAGGAAUUAAUAAAUUUAAAUGUGAAAAAUGCAACUGCCACAAUCACAGCGAUGAAUGUGAAUAUAAUGAUGAAGUUGAACAAAGAAAACUUAGUUUGGACAUUCAUGGAGUUUAUUCUGGUGGUGGUGUUUGUAAGAAUUGUCAACAUAACACUCAUGGAAUCAACUGUGAAAAAUGCAAACCAUUCUUCUAUCAGCCUGCAGGUGUAAAAGUCACUGACAAAAAUGCUUGUCAAGCAUGCAACUGUGAUACUCGAUUUUCAACUGGGUUGUGUGCAGAAGAAACUGGUCAAUGUGAAUGCAAACAAAACUUUAUUGGAAGAUAUUGUGACAGAUGUAACAAAGGCUUCCACUCUUUCCCAGUUUGUAAACCUUGUGAUUGUGACAUAAAAGGUUCUGAAAAUGGUGAAUGUGUUGCUGAUAGUGUGGCAGGAUGCAGAUGCAAGGAAGGAUACACUGGAUAUCUUUGCAAUGAAUGCAAACCGGGAUUUUAUGGAUUUCCAAACUGCAAAGCCUGUGAAUGCCUUACAAGGUAUGGUGCUAUUGAUAACAACUGUCACCAAUCUGAUGGACAAUGUAGAUGUAAAGUUGCUUUCUCAGGGCGACAAUGUGAACUUUGCAGUCAUGGAUAUUUUCGCUUCCCACUAUGCCAAGAUUGCUUUUGUGAUGAGCAGAAAACUGUUUCACCAUUUUGUGAAGCAGGAACUGGUCUAUGUACUUGUAAGCCCAAUUACAGUGGACCAAAAUGUGACAAAUGUGCACCAGGGUUUUAUGAUUAUCCAAGUUGCCAUGCUUGUGAAUGUUCCACAGCUGGUUCUGUGUCGCAUGUGUGUAAUUCUAUUAGUGGACAAUGUCCAUGUGGAUCAAAUUAUGAAGGUUUCCGCUGUCAAAGAUGUAAAUCUGGUUUUUAUGGUUACCCACAGUGUGCUUCGUGUGAUUGUGAUAGUGUAGGCGCGAAGUCGGUUAAUUGUGAUUCUGAAAAUGGGCAAUGCAGUUGUGUGCCUCUUUUUGUUGGCAAAAAGUGCAAUCAAUGUCAACCAGGGUUUUAUGGAUUUCCAAAUUGUAAACAGUGUAACUGCAAUCCGACCGGAACUGAAGUUCAAUCAGGAGGAAGCAUUGGUGAUUGCAGUUCUAAUAAUAAUGGUCAAUGCGUGUGCAAACGUAAUGUAAAGGGUUUGGAAUGUUCAAAAUGUAAAGCUGGUUAUUACAACUUAAAAGAAUCAAAUCCUGAUGGAUGUUCAAAUUGUAAAUGUGAACAAAAGGGUUCAGUAAAUGGCUUGCUAUCAUGCUCAGAAGGUGGACAAUGUAGAUGUCGUGAGUUUGUGAAAGGAUCAAAGUGUAAAGAAUGUGAAGAUGGCUACUUUAACUUGAACGAUGUAAACAUGCUUGGUUGCUCAGGUUGUAAUUGCAAUAAUGGUGGUUCUGUGGAUACUAAAUGCGCUAAAAUAAAUGGCCAGUGCAGGUGCCGACCAAAUGUUUCAGGAAGACAAUGUGACAGAGUUGAUUGCAAGUUUUAUUUUCCAACCUUACAUCACAUUCAAGCUGAAAUGGAAGAUGGCGUAACACCUGAUGGUGAUGCAGUUCGAUUUGAUUACCAAGAGCAAAAAUUUCCUGGAUACACAUGGAAGGGUUUUGUCUUACUUAAUGAUAUGCAGCCAUCGAUUGUUGUUACGAUUGAUAUCCCGAAAACAUCCUACUACCGCAUCAUGGUAAAAUAUGUAUUAAAUCAAAUUAAACCAGCUUCGGCUAGUGUUUCUGUUUAUAAAAAUGACCCAGAUAAAGCUUUACUUCUGGGAGCUGUGACGUUUAUUCCUACACAAAAAGGAAGUGCAAUUAAUUCACAUUACGUAACUGUGUACGAUGAAAACAAGGAUAAUCUACUUUAUUUUCCUUUAUCAAGUGGGGCCUGGAAAGUUAAAAUUGAUAUCAGUGAUUCAAACAUCCUCAUGGAUCAUAUUAUUAUGCUACCUCAAGAAUAUUCUCAUGCUAAGAAUUUACAAAAGUCUGUACAAACACCAUGUACUGUAGAUACAGAAGAGAAAUUCUGCAACUUAUAUCAAUAUGUUUCUAUUGAUAAACCUGGUUUUGUGAAAGCUGAAGCAGAAAAUCCUGGCCAGUCAACUCGAAUAAAGAAAGUUCCUCUUUUUAAUGAUACUAGAGUUUUGUCUAAAUUGGAUUAUCAGGCGAUGGUUUUAUUGUCUCCAGAAUUUAAACAACAAGAUGUUAUAUUUUCUGUGCCAAAACCUGGUCAGUACAUGGUUAUGAUUCAAUACUACCAUGAAUCCUCUGAGGCCAAGUACCUUGAUGUGUAUGUUCGCAGCAGAACUAAAAUCCAAAAGGGAAAAAUCUGGUUGUACGAAUGCAGAUACACAUUUGGUUGUCGACAAGUUGUAUUGGAAUCUGGAUUGCAUGGUGUUGCUACUUUUAAUGUUAAAAACACCAAAAAACAUUUAAUAUCUAUUGUGUCUAGAGCAGAUGCCAUAGUAGCAGUGGAUUCUGUUAUUUUUGUUCCAUAUCAAGAAUGGAGUGCAGAUUACAUUUCUCCAAAGUUUUACUGUACUACGAAAGAUGGUAAAUGCACCACUACUGAAUAUCCAGAUAUUAAAAAUGGCAGACUGGUGCUUCCAAAGCAAACCAGUGGAGAACCAAAACCAAAUUAUGUUAUAGAUCCCAAUGUGAAGUUAAUGUAUUUAAAAUCUGGUGCUAAUUCAAUUGAAAUGAACGACGUUGCUGUUGGCAGAUAUCACAUCAUUGCUCAUUAUUACCAACCCAAUCAUCCUGCAUUCAUAUCCAGGACCACUUUGUAUUCAGGCUCAGGUGCUGGCCUUUUAGGAGAUUUGAAUUUCAUGUAUUGUCCAAACCUGAAUGGAUGUAGAGCACCUAUCCUAAGUAAAAUUAGUAAUGAUAGCUUCGUUUUUGUUGAUGGAGGAGCACAAUUCCAUGUUGAUAUACCUACUGGAAAAGAUGCUUGGAUAGAGUAUAUAAUGUUGGUUCCAGAAAAUAUCUCUCCAGAAGCAGAUAUGUUUUCUUUCAAACCACUACAACUUGCAAAGGACUUCCAGGAGCAAUGUGGCUUGAAUAAUUAUUAUGUCAAACCUGAUGCAACAGGUUUCUGUCGUGACAGUGUCUUCAGCUUAACAACAGCAUUCAAUGAUGGUGCGUUACCAUGUAAUUGUAACUCAGAAGGUUCUAUUUCAACUGCCUGUGAAUGUGAAAACUUUGGAGGUCAAUGUCCAUGCAAGGAAAACGUGAUUGGAAGAACAUGCUCCAGAUGUAAAAUUGGUUAUUAUGGUUUUCCAAACUGCAAGCCUUGCAAUUGUUCUAAUUGUGACGAUAUUACGGGUCGUUGUACCUGUCCACCAGGAGUUGUUGGUGAAAAAUGUGAUCAAUGCAAGCCAGGCACAUUUGGGUAUGAUCCUGUUAUUGGGUGUCAACCUUGUAAUUGCGAUGAGCAAGGAACUGGUAUGGAUGAAGCUGUUUGCAAUGUCAUUACUGGUAAAUGUCCUUGUAAAGAAAACUUUGGAUCUCGAAAAUGUUCAUCUUGUGCUCCUGGCUAUUAUAACUAUCCAAUAUGUGAAAAAUGUGAAUGUUUUCAAGGUGGAGUGACUGGUGAAAAAUGCAAUGGAAAUACUGGAAAAUGUUCGUGCCAGAACAAUGUUGUUGGCCCACAAUGUGAUGAAUGUCCAGCUGGCUUUUUCAAAACAAAAGAUACUACAGGAAAACAGUUGUGCACAAAAUGCUGGUGUCAAGGUCGAUCAACAAAAUGCAAAGAAUCUGAUCUAUUUAGAGCUGUAAUUGUUACAACAACAGCUGGUUGGAAAGUAUCACUGUCAAACACACAAGUACAAAAUGGUAGUUUUGACAAGCUUGAAGUUGAGGUAGCUGCUCCAAUUACAGAUAUUCGCUCCGCAGACAAUGAAAACAUUGUUUACUGGAUCGCACCAAGUGAAUUUUUGGGAGAUCAAUCAGUUUCAUAUGGUGGCCAACUCUACUAUUACUUUGAAUAUACUACAAAAGAUGGGAAGAGCCAGCCAUUGGAUGAUUUACCGGAUGUGUUGAUAAAAAGUGGUAAAACUUUGUUGAAAUCCAAUAUCCAAUUACUUCGAUCACCAGCAACCACACAAAGAUUUCAAAUUUUGUUAAAAGAGAAUAACUGGGUCUUGGAAGAUGAUUCUCCAGUAUCGCGUGAGCAAAUGUUGUCUGUCCUUUCGAAAAUUGAAAGUCUUCGAAUUCGAGCAACACACGAUGUUAAUGCUGGUACCUCAACUCUAUGGAACAUCACGAUGGAUGCAGCUGUUUCAGAAGGCUCUAAACCUAUAUUUAACAUAGAGGAAUGUUUGUGUCCUAAGGAAUACACUGGUCUUUCAUGCUCACGAUGUGCUGCUGGUUACACGAGACAAAGAGAUGGUAGUUGUGGUAAAUGUGAAUGUCUUGGCAGAAGUAAUAUAUGUGAUCCAAAUAGUGGUGUUUGCAAAAAUUGCACAGAUAACACACAAGGGAAUCAAUGUGAGAAAUGCAAACCUGGUUUCUAUGGUGAUAAAUGCACAGCUUGUGAAUGCCCCACUUCAGAUCCAGCCAACAAUUUCGCUGACUCAUGUAGCGUUAAUCUUGAUUCCAAUUUGUUGAUUUGUCAGUGUAAGGAUGGUUAUGCAGGUUCUCGCUGUGAAAAAUGUGCUGAUGGUUUUUAUGGUGAACCAAAUAAGCCUGGCGGUAGUUGUAAAAAGUGUUUGUGUAAUGGCAAUAUCGACUCACAACUGAAAGGAAAUUGCGAUGCAGUCACUGGCAAAUGCCACAAGUGUACUAAAAAUAGCGAUGGUGAUCAAUGUGAGAAAUGCAAGCCUGGUUUUUAUGGUGAUGCAAUUGAUAAGAAAGACUGUAGAGAUUGUAAGUGUAAUGCAUGUGGUACUGAAGAUGUUGCAUGCAAUGGUACCAAUGGACAGUGUCAAUGCAAGCGAAAUGUUGAAGGUAGUCGAUGUGAUCAGUGCAAGCCAAACACAUGGAACUUUAAUGCUUGUCAAGCAUGUGAAGAUUGCAGUUGUGGUGCUGCUUCAGAAAGUCAACAAUGUGAUUUGAAAACAGGACAGUGCAAAUGUUUAAAGACUGUUAUGGGAAAGAAAUGCGAUUGGUGCGAAUUAGGGUAUUAUAAUUACUCAUCAACGGGUUGUCAAAAAUGCGAUUGUGGCGGAAACUAUUGUGACACCAAAACGGGAAGCUGCGAUUGUGGAAUAUUGGGAGAGAAAUGUACACUGUGUCCACGUGGGUAUAUUAUUGAGAAUGGAAAAUGUGUCGAAUGUGAUAAUUGUGUUCAAAAUAUUCUAAAGCGUGUCAAUGUUUUGAUACAUAAUGCAACUGAGAUCGAGAAAAAUAUUAUUCCACCAGAUGUAUUAAAAAAUGUUUCACUGGUUACUGUCAAUGGAACUCUGUUAAGGCUUUCAGAAGAUGCGAAUAAGUUUGAGAGCGAGUUAAAAACCUUACGAAAGGCAAUUGGUUUUGGCGAAUAUGGGAUAUUUCCAGGAGAUCUUGGUGUACAUAGUGUACAAUCAUUUAAGGAUUGCAUGUUCAAUCAUGAACCAGUUAUUAAGAAGCCAUCAAAUGUUACUCCCACCAUCUUAGCAAGCAUUCCAACAGCGACUACUGAAAAAUCCAAUACAGAUAUUUUGACUGUUUCACCUAGUAGAAAUGGAACUACAUUUAAACCUCAAACUUUUACACUGUCAGCUAAUCAAACUAUCAAAGUAACAACUAGUGCUACUGAAAAUGUUACAAGAGCUGUUACUAAUUACACAAAUAUGACCACUAAAACAUCAGGGGUUCCUACUACUACAUCACCUGUAACUACUACAAAACCUGCAACAACGACCGCGGCUGCAAUCAUGACCAGAACUGCAACCACGACCGGAGCUGCAACUACGAUCAGAGCUGCAGCCAUGACUGAAGCUGCAACCACAACUGAAGCUGCAACCACAACUGAAGCUGCAACCACUGUUGAUGUAGCAAUAACUGCUGAAGCAGAAACUACUACCAAAGCACAGAUCACGACAGAUGUUACUACUGAUUUCUCCUCAACAGGACCAACUACUACUGAACAAAUAACAACAACAGAAGAAACAGUGAUAGGCCCCUUGCAACUUGAAACAACAUCAUCAACAGGUCUUCGUAAACGAAGAGACUCUAUUGAAGUCGUAAAUUAUCAGCGUUGCCCGGCGUCUUUUGCAAAAGUGUUAGAAAACACUCAUGAAAACUUCAAUACAUCAGACACGAAAAUAUUAAUGUUGGAGAGUAAUGCUUACCAGUCUUCUAAAAGUGCAACAGAUACGAAAGAACGUGCUGAGGAUCUGAUGGAAAAGAUUGAAUCUUUGUUGAAAGAAUUACGAGGAACUCUGAGUUUUGCCAAUACAACACUGGGUGGUCUGGAUUUUGGUUCAGUGGAUUCAAAUUCUUCAUAUGCGGAAGCUAAAAAUAUUUUAAAUGAAAUACGAGCUCGAAAUUUCUCCAAAGUAACCGCGGCCAGUAACCGCGAAAAAUUGUCAUCCAUCAAUGCUACGAUCAUUGCAAACAGAUUAAUUAAACAAGCCAUGGACCUUGACGAGAAAGCCAAAAAGUUCAACAGUACGUUUAAAGAUUUCUUGGAAGCAUACAGAGGUUUGAAAACUGAGAGUCGCAUGACAAAUGCGCAUGCUGAUAAUGCAACAAACCUUUUGAAAAUGGCCAUUUCUAUUGAUUAUCAGUCUGUUAUAGCUGAAGCCGAGAAAAUCAACAAACGGAAUGACGUCAUAUUACUUGACGCGAGAUCUAUUCUUGAAAUGGCAGAGGAGGCACUUGCUAUAGCCAAAGACACUUUUCAGUUACUUGGGAACAAGACAGGAUCUCUUGGACAAUUCAUGGUGGAGCUAAGAGAUUAUGUAGAAAGGCUUCGGUUUGACCUUGAUAUGAGCAAACAACCGGUAGCCGACUCUGUGAAGCAUGCUAUGAAGUUGAGAGAACUUGCCGAUGAGUUGAAAAUGCUCUUGCAGGAUACAAAACAAUUCGCAGCUGCAGCGAUUCGUGCAGCAAAGGUGUAUGGCGAUAUUGUUGAUGCUAUUUACGAAGCUCUUGCAUCAGCUAGAAUGUCAAAUGCAACUGUGCAUGUGGCAAAUCAAAAGGCCAUCGCAGCAAAAGAUAAUGCCAUGGAAUCAAAAAAUAAAAGCAAGUCUGUCAGUGCAGCCGCUGAUCAACUUUCAGACGAUGUAAAGAAGUCCAUCAAAGUUUCACUGAGUGGUAUCAAAUUAAAAGUUGCUGAGUUGAGAGGAUUACGGGAAAUCAUACAGGGACGUAUUGAUGAAGUGAAUGAUGAAUUUACAAUUUUUAACAAAGAGAAGGAAGUUGGAGCUAAAGCAAAAAAUGUUUCGAGCAAAGCAAUGGCCAGUGACAAGGUUGCGCAAGAUGGCCAGAAAUUGGUGAAUAGAACUACUGAGCAAUUAACAGGAGACAAAGAAACAAUCAAAGAUCUGAAGAAUGACAUUUCAAAUUUGAAUGAUCUGAUCAAAAAAGUGGCAGACAAUGUGACGGCAAUUGAAGAAACCAUCCCAAAUUUAAAUGCUACCAUCCAAGAGGUCAACCAACAGCACGAUGCUAUUGACGAGAUACUGAAAAACAAUAUCACCAACAAUAUUGACUAUGUCAAAUACUUGAUAGACAAUGCACGCAGCAUCGCUGAUCACAUGCCUGUUGCUAUGGAAAUUAAUUCCAGUUCCGAAGUAAUCCUAGAUACACCUAAAGCGGCUCAUGAUCCAUCAAUCUACAAUAAAAUAUCUUUAGUAUUUUCCAGCGAAGGAGAUGGCCCACUUUUCUUUAUUGGAAAUGAGGGUGAAUCAACCGGCAGACGACGACGUCAAGCCACAAGCGAGGCUGCAAACAAUGGAUUUAUAUCGCUGGAGAUUUUGAAUAGUCGAGUUGUGUUUAGAUUUAAGUUAAAUACAGGUCCUGUUAUAUCAGUUGUCAACCCAAAGAAGAUUGAAGAGAAAAGAAUAAGAUAUGCAGACACCCUUUACAAGGUGGUUGCAAUAAGAAACUUUGGUUUUGCUAAUCUUACAGUCGCCAAUGUUGACGACAAAGCAGUUGAUGUCAACAGUUUAACCGUCAUCAAAGACACCAACAUUGUGUCGCCAUUGCUUAACCUUGGUAGGAACAGUCGUGUGUACGUAGGCAGUAUACCAGAUGGUGAAGCUAUACCUGUUUCUGCUUUUGAGUCAGGAAGAGACUACAAUGGUAUGAUGGACCAAGUGACCUUUAACGAUGAAUUGUUAGGUCUUUGGGAUUGGAAGAGCGUGAAAAAUAUCGAUGGAGCAGUACGUGGUUCUCGUCCUGUGGACACUGGAGUGUAUUGUUUUGACGGCAACGGUUUUGUACAGCUCUACCUCAACCCGUCAUCGUACGUUCUUCAAAAAGUCGUUAUCGAGUUUUCCACGCUGGAGAAGGAUGGGUUGAUCUUUCUUGCCAUGGACCCACCCAAAACUAUAGGGGGAGCAACUAGCCAGGACUCUGUUGUUAGUUUCUAUGCUUUGGAAAUCCAAGAUGGCUACCUCGUGAGCAAAUUCGACUAUGGUAACGGAUUUCAACGAGUCGUUCACACCAAAGGAGGUUUGGUGAAUGAUGGAAAGAGACAUCAACUUUUAAUGAAAGCGAGAACGAAAAAGUUCGUUCGCUUUUGGCUUGACACGACAAAGAAGGGAGACAGAAUGGAUGAGAUUGAUCUUUCGAAAGACGUUGCACAUUCCAAACAUCGUGUCACAGAAGUUUACGUUGGUGGUACACCAAUGAGGGGAUACCUCCCUAAUCCCAACAUCACAACAAAGGGGUUCAUUGGCUGUGUUGGUAGCACUACUGUUAAAGGAAGUGUGAACAUGAAUGGUGUUCUUACGUUUACUAACUACAGACAAGGAUACAAACCACCUAUUGGUCAUUCAGCUUCGUUUCCAACAUCUUCAUCCUACCUCACUGUGCCUGCAUGUGAUUUACGGCCAAGCACGCCGUUUGGUUUUAGUUUCCAAACCUACGAAAAAGAUGGCAUGUUAUUCUACGCUCAGGAGAAGGAUUCGUCGCUUCAAAUUUCGUUGGUGGAUGGGCAGAUCAAAGCAAAUUUGGUAAUAAACGGCGAACCAAGUGCGACAUUGACAACGAACGUUAUGAGUGGUUUCUCUGACGGACAGUGGCAUGCCCUGUCGUUAUAUGUCGAAGAAAUCAGCAAUCUUCUCUACCUUGGCACGGACAAAGAGUACGUUCGAACAAAGGCGAGUUUGCUACAACCUGAGGUGGUUUUUAACAAUUCCAUGUCACUUGGUGGAAGAGGUGUUGAAUCGAAUGGUUUUGUGGGAAACAUUCGUCAGGUGUAUUGUUCGGAAAUGGAAGUAGAUUUGUCUAAUGCUGAGUUAUAUAAUGAAACUGUUGUCGGUAGCUUGACAUUGAUUGCUCCCAUACCGCUGGAACCACCGAACGUACCGACCACGAUGCCCCCAACCACCUUUCCUUCGCCUGGACCCAUAAAGCCUAUCUCUACCCAGACACCUGGUGCAAACUUAUCGACCACUGCACCAAAAUUUAGUACGAAGUUAAUUCAAAAAGACACCACUGCACCUAUCGCAAUAACAUCAGCCCCCUCGAAAACGACCACUUUGUCAACAACAACUACUUCACAAAAAAAAACGACCGAUGCCCUAUCUACAACGACCGCUGUCCCAAUAACAACGACCGCUACUUCAACAACAACAACGACCGCUACUUCAACAACUACAACGACCGCUCCUUCAAAAACAAUGACCGCAGCCCCAACUACGACUACUCCACCAACAACAUCGACUGCUGUCCCAAUCACAACAACCGCCCCUUCGAUAAUAACAACUGCUGCCUCAACUACAGCGACUACACCACCAACAACAUCGACCGACGCUCCAAUAACAACGACCACUUCAUCAACAACAGUAACCACAACACAGCUGCUAACGACGACAACACUACAAGCAACUACAUUUGAAGAAACCACAACUCCUGAAACAACUAGAACUACUAAACCGGCUAUAAACACAACCUUGGAUACGACUUUAACCUCACCUACCGUCAACGAAACGACAACAAUAACAGCGAGACCUAACACGACGCAAGCCGAUCUUUUGACAUCGACGCCAUCCAUAACUAAGGCAACAAAUAACGCUACCGCCUCUACGUCAUCAACAGUUUUGAGAAACACAACUAACUCACUCUCUACGUCUGUCGCCACUAUAAAUGCAACAACAACAGUCGUUUCCACGUCAACCACGGGAAAAUCCAUAACCAACCCGAAUACUACAACUGUGCAGUUUAGCAGUACCACUGUGAUUGAACUACUUCCAUCAACUACUGCAGCGCCAAAGCCAACAUGUAAAUCGAGACUUACGCCGUUACUGGAUGCUAUUGGUUUCGGCAUGAAUACUGAGAGCUUCGUAGAGUUUGUUGUACAAACGGGAAAGCUUGCUUCAAAGUCUCAAUAUGAGUUCAACUUCUACACAUUGGAACCUGAUGGUAUACUGCUUACAGUCAACAUGAAGACCCAGUAUGAUUACGAGGCUGUAUGUUUGAACAACGGCAAGAUAACAUAUUUAUUCAAUGCUGGUACUGGUGCUAUGGUGAUCACUAGUAAGACGACAUACAACGAUGGAAAAUGGCACAAAGUGACCACGAGACGUGCGAAGAAAGAAGGUUUUUUGACGGUUGACGACAAAUUAAUUGAAACGAAAGCAUCACUUGGUGGUGCAACAGGGGUGAAUGGUAUCAAUCGUAUAUUUUUUGGUGGAGCUCCUACUGAAGAAAUUCUUUCGAGACGUAUACCUAAAUCAAGCCUUGUACCUUUGAAAGGUGGUAUGAGAGGAUUUAAGUUGUUUGAUGAAGCCCUCGUACCCGCCUUAAAGAAGGGCGUGACAGAUGCAUACGAUGGAUUGAGUAUCACAGAUGCAGUAUCUGUUGGUGAAGAAGGUGGAUACCUUGCUAAGCACAAAACCUUUAGAAUUGGUCAGAAUUUUAAGAUUGCUUUAGACGUCCGGUCACGGAACAAGACCGGUUACAUCUUUUAUGCGUUUGGUGGUGGCGAUUGGUUGUCUUUAUUUAUCGAGAAUGACGGAAAAAUAACAGCUGAUUGCAAUAAUGGCGGAGGAAAGUUUGCGGUAACCGUAGAUCCGGCUUUCUCAAUUUGCAAUGGUCAAUUUCAUAGUAUACUCUUAGAGAAGGUUUCAAAGAAAUUGACGUUAACUGUGGACGGCGUGACAGCGACGUUUACGACAGGAAAGAGUUCGACGUCGGCCGAUACUAAGUCGCCGUUAUAUUUUGGUGGAAUUCCUGCAUCGUCUCAUCCGCGAAAUUACAACACAUUUUCCGGAUGUAUCACGGCCAUCAAAGUCAACGAUAAAUCUAUCAAUUUCGAUUCGGAAGUAACCGUUUUCGGUGCAGCUAUGCGUGGUUGUGCGGAUAUAGUUUGAUUCCUUUUAGCUCUUUUAGCGCCUAAUACGAAUAUUAUCUGCUUUAAUUUUAGAGCAUUUUUUUAAAAAAAAUUUGUAACGUUUUUGAUUUGCUUUGCGACUAAAUUUGUAUUUUUGUCUUAAUCAAGCUGAAAUUUUAAAUGGCACUUGGGCUGAAACUCGAGCAAUUUCGAAGUUUGCAAAAUUCUUGUUAAGCAAUUUCAGAUUCAGAAAUAUAAUUUUUUACAUCCUGCAUUUUUACAUCUCUUUUUAUUUUAUUUUUGCUUUUUAUUUUUACAUACUAUAUUUUAAUAAAUGUUAGUUGCGUAAUAUUUAUAUUUUUAUAAAUAUAAUUUAUUUUUGCAUCAAUUUUAUAUGUGUAAAUCUAUGAAGAACAACGACUUGUCAAUAACUUAUUUCCAUUAAUGUCAUUAUAUUGUUCCGAAAAAAACAAUGAUACCUGGCGAUGGGUUGUUGUAGAAAUAGUGCAGCCAUCUUUUAUUGCUCCUCUUAAUUCAAGAGUACAAAAAUUGUCGCUUUUCCUAUUAACGGCUAAAUAUUUUUAUGGAAUUUAGGCCUACUUUGUGAUGGAGGGAUGAGCGCCUGCGUUUUUUAAAACCAGCAGUGUUGUGAUAAAAGAUAAAAUUAUAUUUAAGGUCGGAAAGUUAUGCAAAAGUUAAUUGCGACUAUAUAAAAAUAGUGUUUUUAAUGGGCAAUUCCCAAAAAGCCACUAAAAAUUAAGAGAAAUUUGCAGUGUUUUUUUGUGCUGUGUUUUACUUAUAAUGAACACUCAAAAGAGAAAAAGAAAUGUCCAUUUAGCGCAAAUUAAAGUGGCAUUUCUUUACAUUUUCUGCCAACCUUUCAUUCUCAGCAAUGUUGUUUCCUGCUUCGUGACAUGCUUUAUUGCUAACAUACAUCCCAUUUAAUCUUUGUUGACGCGACAGUACACGAUCAAUUUAAACGGAACAGUAUAAAUUGGCAUUUUUCCAUCUAAU